CUUCCGCAUCCAUGCGGGACCGGACACGGGAGCUCCGGCAGGCAGGCCGGGUGCGCACAGCUCUGCGGGCGCUGGAGCAGGAGCUGCAGGCCUGGAGCAGCUGCAGGAGGAGGCUCUGGGCAGCCCCCUGCCCCCCGACGCAGAGGGAUCUGCAGCUGCACAGGGAUGAGAUCCAGGAGCUGACGCAGGAGAUCCGAUCCCGGCUGCGAGCGCUGGAGCUGGCCAAGGAGGAGGAGGAGGGCGACAACCGGACCAGCAUCAGGGCCCGGGUGAGGCGCACCCAGCACGCGGUGCUGACGCAGCAGUUCCUGGCGCUCACUGGGCGCUGCCAUGCGGCUCAGGCCCAGUUCCGCCAGCGGCGCCUAGAGAGGGUCCAGAGGCAGCUGCAUGUUGGCUGGUAG